AUGUUGACAGAGUUGAAUAAGUAUCCCGAUGGCCCUCCAGGCUCAGAACGUUACGAGUGGAGAUGGGCUACCUCGGAUCCGAAUGCUAAUCGCAACUUAGUGCUUUUCACUAGACUACUCUUCAUCUACAUGGUCAUAUUUGCCCUAGUCACAUUUGUUCAAGUAGUUGCGGAACCUUUUUUCGACGUGAGGGAGUAUACUGAGAAGCAGCGGGAAGUGUCAAGAGAAGAAGAUACUGUAAAACAGUCAAAGCCACGAGUCCAUUUUGAAUUCAUUAAUGAGCCUCCAACGUACACCGAACCCUGGAGGGAUGUGGUCAGCUCCUAUCCCAGUAGUGACUUUAUAGAGACUACAUACGCCCCGGUAGUGGAGCCCGCACAUUCGUUGGAUGCUCCACAACUGCCCGCGAAUUGA